UGUGUCGCGGGCGCAGUGUUUUCACGACCGAUAAUUUUCACGUGACAGCCCGUGAAAGUGCGCGGGAACUGGGCGAUAUGACGGUGUGAGAUCCGUGGCAUCACGACGCACGCGACGACGCACGGCAAACGUACACCCUCUGACUCGCGCUUCGUUCUUCCGCACCCUCCGCCGAAAUGCCGGAUAAGGAGGAGGAGAACUUUUGCAAGAAAAUGGCAAAAGCCACCACGCGAAUACACGCGAUCAGCGAUGCUCUGGUGAACGCGAAACUGGCAUUCGGGUUUCUUGACGAUUCCGUAUGGGCCGAUGGGCUUCUGGUUUUCUAUGAGGUCUUUCGCUACCUGGAGGGUGCGAUGAUUAGAUUAAGGAACACCAAAAUUGGAUUGCUUCCGCUCAGCGAGCUUCAACGUACAGAGGCGUUUGAGCGUGAUCUUGAUCACUACUUGGGAAAAGGAUGGAGGAAAAAUUACACUCCUAGAGACAGUGUCACCAAGUAUCUGAUGCGCUUGAGAGAAGUAGAAGACACAGACCCAACUCUACUAAUGGCAUAUAUCUAUCAUCUUUACAUGGGUCUCCUCAGCGGUGGUAUUAUUCUACGCAAAAAACGGCAGAUCGUACAAAAGAUCUCUCCCUUCAAAACGGAACCGUCGAGCGACGGUAGUAAUGUUACGGACUUUGGACAGAACAGUAUAUUUCAGUUGAAGCGCGAUCUGCGCGAGUCGAUGAACAGAAUCGCGGAGACAUUGGACGAGGACACGAAAAAUAAACUUAUCGAAGAAAGUAAAAUAGUCUUUGAAUUGAAUAACGAAAUUAUCAAAAGUAUAAAGACGGGCGGUCAUGUUUUUGAAAAAUUAUUCUAUUAUAUCGGCCCAGUUCUACUGGGUCUCUUUAUCCUGAUAAUCGUCCUGAAUAUCCUCUACAAAUAUAUUAUACGUUAAUAAACGUUAAUUUAAUUAAUACUAA